AACAAGGGUAACCUAUAGCCACACACUCGGUUAGAAGAGCACACAAUCUCGCCAUGGAAGCUGUUGCAUCAUCUUCAGCAGCGUCGGCAAUGAAAGCUGUUAGUUUCCUUGCAACUCCUCUUACCCCGAGAAUAGCUGUUCCAUCUUCCUUAAAGUCACCCACGACAAAGCCCUACAUUCUCACUCUUCACUCUUCAAACCCUCAUUUAAGAGGCAGGCCCGGUGUUUUCUGCCUACCCAGAUGCUCGUCUCGCCCACACAACGAGACCAGUAAGGAAACAGACCGAGACUCAACCUCCGAGCCCCAUUCCUUUUCAAAAUCCCAGUACCCAGCGAUGCCCCUUUCGACUGAAUCAAUUUCUGCAUCUUCCUCACCGUCAUCUUCCAGAACUGGAUUGGUUCUUGAUUUGGGUCCUUCAGGUUCAUGGGACAGUGCAGAGAUUGGGUCGCCGGUGGUGAAGAGAUUUCUCAGUGACGAAGAAGAGAGGUGGUACAUGUGGUAUGACGGGCAUUCUUGGGAAAGAUCGGGUUCGGAUUCUAUUGGAUUAGCUGUUUCAAGCAAUGGGAUUCAUUGGGAGAGAGGUCAAGGCGCAGUAAAAUCAAGUGGGGAUGUUGGUCUGGUGAUGAGUUGCGGUAAAGAUUGGUGGGCAUUUGAUACGGAGAGCAUUAGGCCUGCCGAGGUUGUCAUCAUGUCAAGUACAAAAGUUAGAGCCGCUAGUUCUGUUUAUUGGCUCUACUACACCGGUUACAGCAAUGAGAAAGUAGAUGUAUUGGAUGAUUCUUUGGGAUCCUAUUUAGAAAACCCAGAGAGAUUUCGCUUUGACGAUAAAAACGACGGAAAAAGGAGGAUUCCAAAGUCCUUGCCUGGUCUAGCAAUAAGCCAGGACGGGAGGCAUUGGGCUAGAAUUGAAGGGGAACAUCAUAGCGGAGCACUGUUUGAUGUGGGAUCUGAUAGAGACUGGGAUUCACUGUUUAUAGCCGCACCGCAAGUUGUUUUCCAUGGAAACGGUGAUCUUAGGAUGUAUUAUCACUCGUUUGACGUUGAAAAUGGAGAGUUUGGGAUUGGCAUUGCUCGGUCCAGAGAUGGAAUCAAAUGGGUUAAACUGGGAAAGGUCAUAGGAGGAAGAAGAGGGUUUUUUGAUGAGUUUGGAGCAGUGAACCCUUGUGUUGUGAGGAACAAGAAAGAUGGCAAGUACUUGAUGGCAUAUGAAGGUAUUGGAGGAGAUGGGGAGAGGAGCAUUGGAUUGGCAGUGUCCUGUGAAGGGUUGAAGGAUUGGAGGAGGGUGGAAGAUGAUGAUGAGGCAGUGCUUAAGGCAGGGGAGAGAGAAGAAUGGGAUAAUAAGGGGGUUGGAUCACCUUGUUUGAUCCAAAUGGAUGGAGAUGUUGAUGAGUGGAGACUGUACUACAGAGGUAUUGGAAAUGGAGGAAGAAGUGGGAUUGGCAUGGCAGUUUCUGAGGGAAGUGAAGCCAGAAGGUUCAGAAGAUGGACAGGGUUUCAUUUAUAACAGGAGAAGGUAGUCCAAUGUUGGUUUCAUUUAUAAAUGGAGUUAAGUCAUGGUGACUGAGUUUCUUACGGAGUUGCUUGGGCAAUGGUGAUUCUUUCCUUCUUUUUCUCUGUAAUAUGUUAUUUUUAGUAAUAAUUCAAAAUUGCUUGCUGAAUUUAUAUAUUAA